UAGAAUUUCAAUUGUUUUUUAAAGAAUAAGUUGAUAAUGUUAUCCGAUUCUGUUGCAAUUAUAAAACUUACAUUAUUGUGUUUAGUUUUAUGUGCAUUAUUCUUACCUUUAAUUAUUAUUGUAUUUCUCAAAGUAAAAUUUGCAAAAUCAUACCGUAUAAAUAAUAAAAAUAUAAUCACUAUUGGAAUUUUUCACCCAUAUUGCAGUGCUGGAGGAGGAGGUGAAAGAGUUCUUUGGGCUGGUAUACAAGCAUUACAAUCAAAAUACAAAAAUGUACAGAUUUAUAUUUAUACUGGAGAUUUAGAUGCUGAUCGAGAUAAAAUUCUUAACAAUGUUGAAAAACUAUUUAAUAUAAAAUUAGAAGAUAAUGUCAACUUUAUAUAUCUAUUUCAGAGGAAAUGGGUGGAAACUAAAAAUUAUCCAUACUUUACAUUACUUGGUCAAAGUUUAGGAUCUCUUUGGCUUGGCUAUGAAGCACUUACACUUCUUCAACCAGACAUAUUUAUAGACACCAUGGGAUAUGCAUUUACGUAUCCAUUAUUUAAAUAUAUUGGAGGAUGUAAAAUAGCUUCAUACACUCAUUAUCCAACAAUAUCGAAGGAUAUGUUGAGGCAUGUCUAUCGUAGGGUUAUCGUACAUAAUAAUCGUCAGGUUAUUGCAAGGAACCCAUUUCUGACAGCAGCAAAAAUGAUGUAUUAUAAAAUGUUUGCAUUUUUAUAUGGUAUUGUAGGUAGAACAGCUGAUAUUAUAAUGGUCAACUCGUCAUGGACUGAGGAUCAUAUUAAUUCAAUUUGGAAAUGUCCAUUAAGAACUCAUCGAAUUUAUCCUCCUUGUGAUAUAGAAAAAUUAGUAAAUUUACCAUUAAUAAAUGAUGAAGAAAAAGGUGACAUUAUUCGUAUAAUUUCUAUUGGUCAAUUUAGACCAGAAAAAAAUCAUCCACUCAUGCUUAGGGCUAUGUAUGAAUUAAGAUCAAUAGUUGACGAAAAUACUUGGCAAAAAAUACGGUUAAUAUUAAUUGGUUCGACUCGUAAUAAUGAUGAUGAAAUACGAGUAAAAGACAUGAAAGAUUUAUCUAAACAUUUAGCUUUAGAUAAAAAUGUAGAAUUUCAAUUAAAUAUUUCUUAUGCCGAACUUCUAAAUGCACUUCAACAAGGAACUAUUGGCCUACAUACUAUGUGGAACGAGCAUUUUGGUAUAAGUAUUGUCGAAUGUAUGGCUGCAGGAUUAAUCAUGGUUGCUCAUGCCUCGGGUGGACCAAAAGCUGAUAUUAUUGAAACCCAGACUGGAUCGCGAAAUGGAUUUUUAGCAAAUGAGGCUGAAGAAUAUGCUCAAAUUAUUGCAUGCAUUAUUAAGAUGACUACAAAUGAAAAAGAUAUUAUUCGCAAUGCUGCUAGAUCAUCUGUUAAUAGAUUUUCUACUGAACACUUUGAAAAAGAAUUCAUAAGAACUCUUGAGCCUCUUUUUAGAUCAGAAUAGUGAUUUGUAAAAUUAUAGGUUAAAAAUUAAGAAUGCCUAUGUAAAAUUAUUGUAAUU